AUGAAUUCAAGGAACCAAAGACGAAGACGAGACGAGAUUAAUCAUGUUCCAAUGUCUUAUGAAAAGAUGGAUCAUCCAACUAUAGCUGCAUUGGAGUACGAGGUGAUUAAUAAAAUUAAGUACAUCAGUAAAGUACAGUUGGGAAUGUACGAAAUUGACACAUGGUAUUUUAGUCCAGGAGAAUACCAAAAGCAAUCUCAAAUUUUUAUUUGUGAAUAUUGCUUAAAAUACUGCAAAUUAGAAAAUUCAUUCACAUACCAUAACUAG